AGGAGAGGGCCGCUGGAGGUGGGCUGGACACGCUCUGGUGUCAGGGUUGCGGAUCUGAGGGAUGAGGAGGGACCAUGGCCAGCGACGGGGCCAGGAAGCAGUUCUGGAAGCGCAGCAACAGCAAGGUCCCGGGCAGCAUCCAACAUGUGUAUGGAGCCCAGCAUCCACCUUUUGAUCCACUGUUACAUGGCACCUUGCUCAAGACCUCGCCCAAGGUACCCACCACCCCAGUGAAGGCCAAGAGGGUCAGCACCUUCCAGGAGUUUGAGAGCAAUACCAGUGAUGCUUGGGAUGCCGGGGAAGAUGACGAUGAGCUCCUGGCAAUGGCCACAGAGAGCCUGAACUCCGAGGUGGUCAUGGAGACAGCGCACCGUGUCCUACGCAACCACAGUCAGAGGCAGAGCCAGCCCUCACAGAAGGAGAUGCCAGAACCAGAACCUCAGCCCACAGCAGAGCCUUCUGUAGUUACGAGUGGUGACCUCCGCCUGGUGAAGUCUGUCAGUGAGAGCCACACUCCUUGUUCUUCAGAAAGCACCAGCGAUGUCGUCCCUCUGCAGCGGUCCCAGUCUCUCCCCUACUCAGCCACUGUUUCACUGAGUGGGACAUCUGACUCACAUGCCCUUGGUGGCUCAGCCCUGAGUAAUAGAGAGGCCUCUCGGCUGGACAAGUUCAAUCAGCUACUUGCUGGCCCCAACACAGACCUUGAGGAAUUACGGAAGCUGAGCUGGUCCGGAAUCCCAAAGCCAGUUCGUCCAAUGACAUGGAAACUUCUCUCAGGUUACCUUCCUGCCAAUGUCGACCGAAGACCAGCCACGCUGCAGAGAAAACAGAAGGAAUACUUUGCUUUCAUUGAGCAUUAUUACAACUCUAGGAAUGAUGAAGUUCAUCAGGACACAUAUCGCCAGAUCCAUAUCGACAUCCCAAGGAUGAGUCCAGAAGCACUGAUUCUUCAGCCCAAGGUGACAGAGAUUUUCGAAAGGAUCUUGUUUAUAUGGGCUAUCCGACAUCCUGCCAGUGGAUACGUUCAGGGGAUAAACGACCUGGUCACUCCAUUCUUCGUGGUCUUCAUUUGCGAGUACAUAGACCAGGAGGAUGUGGAUGAGGUCGAUGUCUCCAGUGUGCCUGCAGAGGUGCUUCGCAACAUUGAGGCCGACACCUACUGGUGCAUGAGCAAGCUGCUGGAUGGUAUUCAGGACAACUACACCUUUGCCCAGCCUGGGAUUCAAAUGAAAGUGAAGAUGCUGGAAGAACUUGUGAGCCGGAUCGAUGAGCAAGUCCACCGCCACCUGGACGGGCACGAGGUGCGGUACCUGCAGUUUGCCUUCCGCUGGAUGAACAACCUGCUGAUGAGGGAGCUGCCCCUGCGCUGCACCAUCCGCCUAUGGGACACCUACCAGUCUGAACCUGAGGGCUUUUCCCAUUUCCACUUGUAUGUCUGUGCUGCUUUCCUCGUGAGAUGGAGAAGAGAAAUUCUAGAAGAAAGAGAUUUCCAAGAGUUGCUGCUCUUCCUCCAGAACCUGCCUACUGCCAGCUGGGAUGACCAGGACGUCAGCCUGCUGCUGGCCGAGGCCUAUCGCCUCAAGUUUGCCUUCGCAGAUGCCCCCAAUCACUACAAGAAGUGAGCUUGGGGCCCAUGGCAGUGGCCUCACCCUGGGAACAUCAUCCCCUCCCUGCCUGAGCAGUCGCUGGCCUCUGGCCUGGUCCUUCCCUAGUGUUGCCUAGCAGAAUGGGCCCUGGCAUGGUCCAGGACUAGCAGGAUAGGCAGCCUCACUUUGAUGAGAUACCAAAGAGAGCCCAGGAGAGAAUCUUAGCUUCAGAAGCUCAGUGUGACCAGGAGUGUUCCUCACCCUGGCCCUUCCUUGCCAAAUGCCCUUCCUUGGGCCCUCAGCUCAGACAGCCAAGAGGAAGUUUCCCUCAGAGAGGCCUGCUGUAUGGGUGCCAGGCAGAGGUGGGCAGCCAUCUCAGGCCUGCUGUGAAAUGCACAAAUCCAUUCUGUCGUGAAAGAAUAAAGUCCAGACAAAAUGCUGAGCAUGCUUUGGACUAAGGUAGGAUUUCUGCACACAGAGCCUCUAAUGGUCGCCAUGUUUAGGCUUGACCUGAUUUAAACCCGGCUAGAUCAGGAGUUGGGUCAUGGGAGGCUGCGGAACAAGGAGAGGCCAGGGCAGGCUGAGACUUCUCACAGUCACCUUACUUUCUGUCUUUAAUUACCCUACUCCUUGUCCUUGCAGGGAGAGGGGUCAAAGAACUCCCAGGUAGGCUGGGGUUAUUGUCAGUCAGGGCCCCAGAGACUGUCUCACGGGCCCACACUUGGCCAUGAUAGGAUAGGAAUGAGUGGUUCUGCAGUCCCAGCAUUGUACAUGGAGCCUCUUCCCACCACUCCAUGGAUAGGAAUAGCCAGGGGCUCCUGGCCUGGGGUCCCUUCAUGCCAUACUGCCCCUUUCCAGAUCUGCUGGUUUGGAGCCUUUGCCCCAUGUUACUGGGCUACUCCAGGGCCCUCAGACUGGCUUCUCACAGGCGCUUCCAGGUCUGCCCCAGGCCGCCUGGUCUCUGUGAGGUGGGAUUCCCAAGGACCACCAGUCUACCUGUAGGGCAAGAGUCUCAGACUCCUAGAGCAAGCUCCUGCCCUCAGUUACCCACUGGGGCCCACUCUCUGACCUGUCCCUUCUUCAGGAGCAGCACACCACUGCCCAGGCACUAGGACACUGCCCGAGGCUGUAGGAAAGACACAGGGAAGACGUGUGCCUGCUUCUGUUCAGAUCUUCUUGGGUCAGAUGGGGCAUGACAUCAGAGGGCUGUGCAGGCAGUCCAUGUUCAGGAUCAGCAGGGGAACAUGAUCCCUCAAACCAGUGCCUGUCCUGGGUGAAGGACACCCAGUUGUGAGGAAAGCUGCCUCAGUGUGGCUCUGUGGGGAAGCGCCAUCCUUCCUGACCCUUCCAUGGUGCUGAUCAUCCCUCAGCAAGAAGGGCAGGGUCAUAAAGAUCUGCCCCACCGUGUUUUGUUUUGUUUUUUAAUAUAUAGGAUGACAAGGACCCAUGGGGUUAACUUGAGCCCUGAAUGUAUUUUCAUGUGUGCAAAUGCUUGACUGGGUGUAAGGGAUGCUGGCAACGGUCUUGCAUCUGAGCCAUGAGCUGAGCCAGGCAGGAUGUGUGCUUUGAAUGUGAUGUGUUGGAAACAUGAAAUAAAGACACUUCAUAAGGCC